AUGGAACUGGAGAGGGCCCUGCUAUCGCCCAUUACAGAGGAACAACCCGCUGUAGCGACGCUAGCAGAGACAACAAACACCGGCCCUCUCGUCGUCCACGUCCAUAUCCAGUUCCACGAUCAGGACCUUCACUCCGUCACUCACAACCAGACAUAUGUUAGCUCGCCAUACUUCGAACCUACGGGGAGGAUAUGCAAUGGCUUGCUUCGCCGCAUCGAGCACUGCUCCGAGGAGCUCAUCACCCGGACCGACCCCACGGCCCUUGACAUGAUCAAGGAAGGAACCCAUGACCGUAAGCCAUUGCGCUUCGAACUCACCUAUCGCGUCACAAGAGCUGGAUGGAUGGGGGAAUGGGCCGUCAGGACGUACAGGUCGUAUCAGCAACGGCCUUUGACAGCCGGGUCGGCCAAGGAGGUUAUCAUCGCAAGUCACCAGACGGUAGGCAUGUUUUUCCGACGACAUGACAGUGACUUUCGAUGGCUGGGGGGCUCUGUUCUCGAUGCGACACCCGAAACCGCCGAUUCGUCUCUAGACUCAGAAGUUGGGCAGAUGUCGCUCGGUGCUAUUCCCUCACCCCGAUUUUUCGAGGAAUCCCAGACAUUCGAAUUCGUCCCCGGUUACAGUCUCGAGGUCUCCCUUCGACACAGGAACCCACGGCGACUUAUUCCGGCAUUCAAGAGGGUAGUCAAGGUUUACAGCAGACAGGCGACUCCUCUUACGGCUGGGAUGGGCAGAGAUCUACUGGCGAACGCAGCAGAGGCUAUUAAUCGCAGCUUGGGUCCCAGGAGGCAGAGGCUUGAAAUUCAUGCGCAGCAAUGUACAACAAUGACAUGCCAGCAUCGCGACAGUACGGCCCUCAAUAUCGACGUGAGGAUCGCAAACGGAAUGGGGCCUGCUCACAACAGCCUACAGCGCAGCAUAAGAAGCAGUCUCUCGUUAUUUCACGAUUCUCAUGGCGAAGAUUUUGUGCGAGAUGUUGAGGAGUCCCUUGCAGAUGUUACACAGGUCAUCGAUGCACAGAUCAACCAAACGAACGAUUUCGAAUUCACGAUAUGUGAGUUGAAGGGGGCGAACUGGUCAGUUCAGGUACCUGCGGCAUUCACAGUCGGCGCUUCUGCAUCGCACGGGCGACGAGACAUCCAGGCGGUUUUAGACCGUAUCCAGACUAGCAUCGGCGAUGUCCUACAGGGGCAUAAUACCGCUGUACGUGUCAACGCACGGAAGCGGGGACAUCUGGUGUUCAAAGAGGUGAUACAAACACAUGAGAUACCCGGAAGGUUAAAAGAGACUUUCCAAUCACACGAGGAAGAAGGGUCUGUCCUGACGUCCAGACUCAAGGAACGAAUCCAGAAGGAUAUCGACAUGAUCUUUAAGGACACCUGCUCGAUCGACGACAUUGCGCUGGAAGAGGAAGAGAGACACCCUCAUCCAAUCGAGGUUCCGCUCUCGCCGGGCCUCUCAGUCGAGUGGCCCGAGAGACAAAACGGACCAUCACUAGAAUUUCCCCCUUUAUCGGCAAAGACUUCGACCGAGCGAGUAAACGACAACCCAAUAUCCUUCGUCAAACGAGCAUUCUCACUCAAACGGCGCUCCACAUCAUCAUUAAGGCAAAGUCUACGGUCUAUUGCUAGCAGCAGAUCCAGUCUGAACAGCCAAGACGACAGCUACUCCGUUAAUAUCCCACAUUUCCCCGAAGCCCCCGCGAGACCGGUAUCUCCCACUCCAGCAACAUCAACAAAGUCCUCGAAGAAGAGGUUCAGCCUCGGCAAGAAAAUUUCCAACAUGUUCAAAUCGAAGGACUCCAAAAGCGACUUGAAAAGCGAUGUGAAGACCGAUAUCAAAAGCGAGUCGAGCUCCAGGCGACGGUUUUUCAGGUCUUCCUCGUCCAAAAGUACUAAUGCAGCGCCCGUGGCACCUGUAGAGCCAAAGUUGAUGCGAGCUCACACCGCCACGGAAGCAAGCGGCGGUCGGACGCUGCAUCGCCCUACGCGUUCGAUGACGUCGAAUCCAUUAGGUAGCUAUGACGCCACUCAUUCCGCAAGAGGAUCUGGUGAACACCCUCGACCAUUCCAAGCAGCAACUCCCAACCUGGCGAACAGGCACGGCAUUGCAUCCAAAAUUUUCGAAACAUAUCCACAACCGACAGAACCGCGAUGGUCUAUUGAUCGUUUGGAACGACCUGUGAUGGAUACUCCGCAGCUUUAUGAGGAUGCCAAAGAGUUCCCGCACCAAUUGCUCACUCCGGGGCUUACGACACGAAGCACCGACACCCCUAACCCUUUCCACUGGUUGGCAAGCCCCGGAGCCGAUGCAUACUCGACGGCACCGUCUACACCUGCAUUGAGUUUAGGUGGAGAGUCUUCGCCAAGGCACAGCUUGCUAAUAAGCCCGAUACAUGUGAGACAUCUGGAGUUGAAGGAUAAUACCUCGAGCGACUUUGAACCUGAAUCCGAGCCCGAAGAGCCCGAGGUUGGGACGGGGGUGACUACGGUGGGCGCUUCGGUCGCGGCGGGGAUGGAAGUUUUGAAGCCUUCGGAAGAUGACGUGCGAUCUGUUGUGUUAACGCCUAAGGACCACACUAUACAGCCCGAGCAAGUAGCCGAGGGGUCCGAUGAAGAAGCUGUAAAGUCAGUGUCUUAUGAUGCUACCGCAACGGCCAUCUCGGUAAAAGACACCACGACUGCACCGUCAGAUUUGCACAAAACAGAAUCGGAGCCUAUAAUAUUGGACGAGACAUUGGCUUUCGAGAAUCGAGAACUCGGAACCGAGCCUGCACCACUGUCCAAUGAGACUCUGUCUGAAGAGUCGGACUUCCCCAAAACUGCUAUCCACCCGCCGCAGCCCAGUCAUGAGACAACGGUUUCUGUGGAUGCCCGCAAUGCGAAUUCGGAAACAAGGUUGGCUUCAGAUAAAGGGACCGAAGUGCAAGAUGCUCCCGUCGUCCAGAAUGAAGAUCGGGUGAAUGCGACUGAAACCGACUAUUUCAAGGAUUUCGAGUCUCUUGCCCAAAGCAAACCAGUCGCAAAUAUCAUUGGCUCUGCUAUCCACGCGAGUGAAGCAAACGACGCGACCGUCUCUCUAGUUGAUAACCCUGCCGACGACCUGAAUGGGCUGGUUGCGGAACCGGCAAUUACCCAGUCCGGGCCCGAGGGAGACAAAGACGAGCAUCAACAUGACCAGGACUGCGACACACGAGGAUCCGAUGUGGAUGAUGUGCCCCCUACCUCCACCGAGGAGGUUGCUCAUGAUAUCCAGCCGACUGUGAAGGCGUUUCAAUCCGGCCCCGAAGAUCAGACUGCUGAGCCGGAUAAUUACGGGGCUGACCUUGUCGCAAGCGAAAUCCAUGACGAGCCCUCCUCAAUGGAUGAAGUCACCCAAGAUUGCAAUGGUAAAGUUCCAGAAGUUGAGAGUGUCGACGCACCUUCAAGAGAUGAAACAAGUCCUCUCGCUGAGCUUUCUGCUCAGGAGCCCAAGCCAGCGCAGUCCAGCCCUGAAGCAGAGGCAUCUGAAACAGGCGAGGAUGGCGCCAAACGCCCCAUUGAGGAACUGGACCAGAAUGGGUCCGCGGAUUUCUUCGGUGACGUCUCCGAGCCUUCGGUUGCGAAUCACAUUACCUUCGAAGUAUCAGGGGAGCCCAUGGAAGCUAGGGAAACUAUGGUUCAGACGGACACAUCAAGCGAAGGGUCUGUCUCCGAACAUGACAAGGAGUGGUCCGAACUAGCAGAGGGUGACAGUAUCUCGCCCGCGGGCUCAAAAACGCUCGUCGAAGAUCAAGAGGAAACAGACAUGAUCAAUACCCUCGCAUCACUUCACAUCUCUUAUACCGACAAAGCUACCGGCGCGAGUACCAAAGAUCAUCAUGUUUUCUUUCCAUGGACGACAAGUGCCGUCGGUUCCGCAUCAGAGCAUCCUGGGUCCAACAAUCAGGACGUUGACGGGAGUGCACUGGUGGCGCACGUAGAGAUUCAUGAAUCUGAAACUCGGGAGCCAUCGGACCUUGAAUCAAAGGACGAAGAGAAUACCUUCGGUCCCGUACCAGUGCCCGUCGAGUCCAAGGAAGAUGUUCUUUCCGAUAAUGACACAAUCGAAAUUACUGAUGAAACACCGAAUAGCCUCAGGCAACCGGAUUGGAUGUUUGAAGAGACGGACCGGCCUCACUCCUUGGUAGACACCCAUCUCCUCCAACCUUCUGAAGCUCUGGACUCUAGGUCUGAUGCUAUUAAUGUCUCCGAGGGCCCUGAAUUAGCGGCAGAGUCUCCCGAUAUUCAAGAUAAUGAUCAUACCCACAUACCCCCCGAAGCCCCCCUUCCGCUUGAGGAGGCUCCCGAUGCUCAAAAGUCGGAGGCGACCUUUCCAAAGGUCGGCAAGGCUGACGAGUCAGAGGCUGUGGCUGUUGCUACUGUAGAGCGGACUCCUGAUAUCGAGGAGGAUUACGAGCUGUCAUUUGGUACGGUUGAAACAGCAGCAGAUAUCGAUGCUGUGGAAGCUGUCGAUGAUGUCCAGCACGUUGAGCACGUUGAGGAUGUUGGGACUGCCGUUGAAGGUCCGGAUUUCCAAGAAGACGAGAAGAUUGAGGUCAACGCUACUAAGCCCGACAUGACUGCCCAAUAUGUUCGCAGUUUCGAGGAGCGGGGCCGGCCGUUCAUCAGCACCUCAGACGUUGUUGAGCGUGGCCAUGUUUCUGAUGAGGUCUACGAUCAUCGGGAUGUUGGCGUAGGGGAGAAGCCUCACUUUGAUGAUUCGGAUACCGAGCAUCGUGAGCCCACGUUUCCUCAAUUCUGGCCUAAUCCUUCCUCGGUAUUCACUCCGUUCGCCCCUAAGGAGGCCCUGGAAAAUGACACUGAGCUUCUUCAACCUGACUCUAUGUCCACCAAGGAUAUACCAAUUCUCGGCGUGGAGACGGUUGAGCAUUGCGACCCAACUCUACCGCAGUUCCGUUCCAGUGACGUCCUUGAGAUUGCCGCUCGUUCUUACGCCGUUAGUGGGGAUACAGAGGAGGGGUUUGAGGCAUUCGAACCUACCGAAGCAGUUAGCGGUCGUGUGGAAGAAAAGGCCAAUUACCGUGAUCCCACCAUGCCCCAGUUCCGGCCUCAUGUACUUCUGCAACUGACGCCCGCCCCUCUGGUCUCACAUGUUCAAAUGACUGAGGAUAGCAUUGCCUCUCAACAAACUAUGGAAGCGUCUCAGGAGGAAAUCUCUCAUCGUGGCAAGGACGAGACUGAGUACCGUGAUCCUACAAUGCCUCAAUACCGACCCAACUCAUUCAGAAGUGUCCGCAGCCCCUCAGUCUCUAUCAUGAUGGUUGAGACGGCUGGGUGUGGAGAGCAACCGGUACCAAUACUCAUCGACGAGUCUCUGAUCGAAACCACCAAACUUAGCGAGGGAGAUCUUGAUUGUUGUGAUCCUACGAUGCCUCAAUUCCGGCCAAACUCCAUCCUUGACAGUACCCCCAUUUCCUCUGUCUCCGAUGAGCCAGUCCAUGAGCAAGGAGAGCAACCUGAUAUACCCAGUGAAGAUGAUAGCACGGAAAUCUCCUCACGAGAUGAUCUAAGCGCCGAGUACCAUGAUCCAACAAUGCCUCAAUUCAAGCCGAACUGGGACGGUCCGGAGUUACCUCACCUCGGCCAAGCUGGCUCUGCGCUACCGACACAACAGGACGCUGAGCUGAUCAACAUCGAGCCUAUGACGACUGAGAAGGAUGAUGAUACAGCUACAGAAGUCAACGCAGAAAAUACAGAGUCUCUCAGGCAGCUCAAUGAUUCCACUCAGCCUGAGCAUGUCGGAACCGAAGCUCCUGAUACUGAAGAAGUGAGAGACAUGCAGGCUGAAUCGCUCGAGUCUGACAAUGCCCGCGACAGAAUGCCGGAAGCAAAGUUUGUGGAAGUGGAGUCUCCUGAACACAUCCAGCCUGAUAAUGCCCCUGUUAUUGAACCUGUGGGCGAGACUCAUUCCGAGAAUGAAGAUGAGGCGGUCGAGUUUGACCCCAGUGAACCCCUGUCUCAGCCAGCUACUGAGCAAUCUCAAGGAACCCAGGCAGAGGAGCUUCCCCAAGACCAGUUUGACACUCUUUUUGUGCCGGUUGAUCCCAGACCCGCUACGGAGCUUGGCACCAUCGAAACUGGUGCCAAUGAACUUGCCGAGAGUGAUUCCGAAUCUUCCUCUCAGUCAUCUUCUGAGUCAGGUUCUGAGCGCACCCCAACCCCUUGGGGGGAGGAGCUUUACCAUGACCAGCAUGAUGUACUCUUUGAGCCUAUGGAAGGGUGCAUUCACCAGGUGGCUGCGCAUGAUGCAGCCCUCAAGAUUUCAGGAGUCUCUAAGCUCGACCAGGUCGAGUAUCGCGACCCGACGAUGCCUCAGUUCCGGCCUAAUGUCUUCCUUCCGUACCGCGAUCCUACCAUGCCUCAGUUCCGGCCUAACGCGGUUAUGAUAAUCUCUCCGAUUACUGUCCCUGAGAGAGUGCAAGAAUCAGCUGAGGAGCUCGAUUCCGACUACAUCAUUGAUCGUGCCAUGGAUGUCCUUGAUCAGCUUGAAAGCGAAGAGAGAGCGGGUCUCAAUGAGGAAGUCGUCGAUCAAGUGAUUAAUCUGUGCGAGCAAGUUCUUGAGCAAUCUAGUGCCGAGGCUGAACAGACCGAAGAUCCUCUUGAGCAGUUUGAGGCCAACAACGCUCUCGAACAGAUCGAAGCUGAGACUGAACAAACCGAGAGGCUUCUCAAGGAACUCAACAAUGAGCAACUUGAGCGCACCAUGGAGCUGUUCGAGGAAGCCAUUACUGGACAGGCUCUAAAAGAAACUGACAAUGCCCUUGAUGAAAUUGCGGCCGAGGCUGUACAAACUGAGGAGCUUCUCAAGGAGCUUGAUACUGCGCAAACUGAGCGGGUCCUUGAGAUUGCCCAAGACCUUGAGAUCCAGCAUUCACUCGAUGAAAAUGAAAAGACGCUUGAGCAACCUGACAUUGAAGUCGAAUGCACUGAAGAGCUCCUUGGACAGGUCGAUGCUGAGCAAACGGAGAGGGUCGAAGAGCUCGUCGACCAGCUUGAAACAGAGAAGGAGAAUGAGCAAAAUCAGACAAGCCUUAAAGCGAUCAAUGCUGAGAUCCAAAAAACUGAGACGUUGCUUGAGGGACUUGAUCUCAAGCAACAUGAACGCGCAGAGGAGAUCCCCCAGCAACAAGGAUCUCAGCAGGAUGUCACCCUCACUGCUGCGGACAAACCAUCAGAAAAACCCAUCAACCCACCAGUGGCUGGACAAGCAGUUGAUGUUCCUGAAUCCUUCCUGGAUGAGUUCCCCGAAGACAAGGAGCAAACCCCCCCUUCAGCUGUCCUUCCUGCCGAAGCUGCGGUUGCGGAGGCUGCUGCUGGCGUGCCACUUGCGUUCCACAAAUUUGUGUCAAGGCCAUCCACUCUUGGGUACGCUGAAAUUGGUACCACUGAGAUGCAAGAUACUCCUCAACAGCCUACUGUCGCCGUGGUUGAUAAGGCUCCUAUCGGUGAAUCGAGUAUCAUUCCGAAUGUUCAGCUUGAGCAUCCCGGGAUUGAGCUCGCCAAUCUCGAAGAUGAAGGACUUGAGGAUGCCGAUGUGGCGUCUGAUGUCCCUUCAGUUGAGCCUACUAUUGGCCCUGUCAUUGUCAACUGUGAGACGUGGAUCGAGCAUACUGAUCUUGGGAAUAUCGCCCUGGAGACCCCUGCUUCUGUUGUUCAGCGAGCGGCAGAGGAGACUUCGAGCCAUGAGCCAAUCGUCCAGGAAGCCCAUCCAGAGUUCCCCAACAUUGAGCACGCCAACCUUGAAGACGAAGGCCUUGAAGAUAGCGAGUUGCAAGCAGACAUCCCUUCCGCUGAACCCGCGGCUGAACCAGUCGUGAUCAACUGCGACACCUGGAUCGAGCAUGCUGACGUUGAGGAUGCUGGAGUUCAGGUCCAGGUGCCUCGUGUUGUCUCUUCCGGUGAGGAGACGACCAUGGGAUCAACCGUGAUCCCUGUUCAAUCAUCACACGGAGAAAUUCUUGCUGAGAAGUCUUACACUCCUCUUGCUGAACCUACGCCCAUAUCUGAGUGUAUCGCUAAACCUUAUUUUGAGGAUCUGGCUACCACUGAAUCUCCAUCCGAGCAAGAGACCAGCACCAAUGAGCCAAUGACCGAUAGCGAUAUUAACAAGGAUGAGCCUUUGGCUUGUCAGGUUUCGCAUGAGCAAAAUGCGGAUUUUGAAGAGCAAGAUGUUCUUUCCGAAGUGGUUGAUCGAAGCUUGGUUGAUGCUCCUGGCACUGAAGACACUGAUGACUCGACUGGAGAUGUGGAUACAACUAAUGCCGAUGGGUCUCUCAGAGUCGAGUCGCUUGAUAACCUCAUUCGAUCCGCGGAGGCUAUCGAGAACAAGCUGGGGGAACCCCCCGAAGUUGAGUCUGCCACUGGCGAGGAUGAGAAGGCUGAGGGUGAGGAAGUGAUACCAGCUAUGGAUCCAGUCGAGGAACCGUUGUCUCUGGAACUCGAGGCAAAUAUCGAGGAGACUGGAGACUUUGACAAGACUCCACUUGCCAUUCCAUCGGCCAAAGACGAGGAUGUGAUCGUGGAACAGGAAAUGCUUCAGGACAUCCCAGCAGCUGCCCUUUCUGACCUGUGUCUCCUUGAAGAGAUUGUCACUGACCAGCCAAUCUCUGCCCCGGCAAUCCCCUUCAUCACCCAAGAGAUAUCAGAGCCAACCCAGCAACCGUCUGACAUCUCCAAUCCCCGUCAAGUAUUCAGAGUCAGUCCUCGCGGCUCUGUCGACACCAUCCGCGGUUCGGAUGUUGACGAGGAAGAAGCUCCUGAGCUGUAUGCUCCUCCUCCGACGGCUGGUUUCUUUGGAUUCCAUCACUAUCACGAGAACAAGUGGGCUAAGGUCGGCUUGUUCGAAGUCUUGAUUAACUCGACCUCUCGUCGGUUCAGUCUUCCUCUUCAGUCCUUGUUGCACCGUAAGCAUAGAUCCGACGCUUGUCCGUAA